AACUUUAGAGGAUAAGACAUAAGUGAUGGAAGGAAAGAGGUUGACUCGAAGUCAAUUAACGUGAGUGAAAUGAAUAAGUCAUGCCAGCCAACACUGACUGAGUCGAGAAGAUAAAGAAAAUUGCAAGGUCGAUCUGAAAAUCAAAAUGGCUGUGUCGUGCGGGGGACUAAUCAUUUUGAUUACCUUUGUUAUUUUGAUAUGUGUGUUUGUCUAUGAUUUUCCCGCACGUGGUUUAUGCCCAAUUCAAUCAGAUAAUUUUUGCGGAUUCAUAUUCAACGAAUCUUCAAAUCUAUAUGAAUAUGGGUGUGCGAAUCCAAGUUUCCAAGUAAUAUGUGAAAACAAUAAAUCGGUAAUUUACAUCAACUAUGGACAACAUUAUGCUAACGCCAUUAUAGCUUCUAACUCAUCCUCCGCCUUCAGUUACAUCAUUACCGGAGUUAGUCCUGAUUACUGCCCUAUCAUCAAUUCCUAUUCUCUUCCUUACGAAAACGUCUCAUUCUUCACGAAUUCUCGGGAAUACAAAACAAUUAUGAGAUGCAAAAAACCGGUAGAUGAUUUUGGUUAUAUGGAUAUUUCUUCAGAGAUGUGUGGUGGUGGAAUUGAUGAUGAGGAAAAGCAAUAUUCUUAUUUAUAUGAUGUUCAUGGUUUUUUUGAACCAAGUGUGGCAAACAUAGGAGAGUCUUGCAGAAUAGAUAUGAAGAUAAUGAUGAGUAGGUUUGAUGGAGAGGUGAAAUGUAGUACUAAUAAAAAGUGUGGGUAUCCAGAAAGUCACAGUGAAUAUCUGAAUGGAGUUGAGAUUCGUUGGCGACCAUUACGAUGUGUGGAAGACAGUGACUGGUACCGGGAAGUGGAACAACGAUUGCCACUCCGCUGCAUGCUCGCCGAUGCAGCGCUCACCUGUCUUGCCAUUGGAGGGAUUCUGAUCCCGUGGUUUCUUGUAAAAUGUGUUUUUGGGUCGCCCGUUGUUGUUGCUAUAUUGAUAUUGAUAUGUAAAUGGAGAAAAAAGCAUCUAUCCAUAUAUGACACGGUUGAAGAUUUUAUCCAAAGUCAUAAUAAUUUCAUACCUACCAGAUACUCUUACUCUCAAAUCAAGUCGAUGACCAAGCAUUUUAAGCAUGAGUUGGGUAAAGGGGCUUAUGGUUCUGUCUAUGAAGGAGAACUUCGCAGCAAACGCAAAGUAGCUGUUAAGGUAUUGACUAAACCCCAAACCAAUGGACAAGACUUUAUCAAUGAAGUUGCAACCAUUGGAAGGAUUCGUCAUGUUAAUGUGGUGCAACUAAUUGGAUUUUGUGCUGAAAGAACAAAACAAGCUCUGGUCUACGAGUUCAUGCCUAAUGGUUCUCUCGAUAAACAUACGUUUUCACAAGAGCAAGGAAACACAUCUUCAUUAAACUACCAUAAAAUCUACGACAUUUCUCUUCGAAUUGCUCGAGGAAUACAAUAUCUACACCUAGGUUGUGACAUACAAAUCAUACACUUCGAUAUUAAACCACAUAACAUUCUUCUUGAUGAAAAUUUUGACCCAAAGAUAUCAGAUUUUGGUUUGGCAAAAUUAUAUCAAAUAGAUCAAAGCAUUUUAACUUUAACAGCUCCAAGAGAAACAUUGGGUUACAUGGCUCCUGGGCUAUUGUACAAGAACAUCGGAAGCGUAUCUCACAAAGCUGACGUUUUUAGUUUUGGAAUGAUGCUAAUGGAAAUGGAAGGUAGAAAAAAGAACAAAAAUUAUAUAGAGAAUUGUUGGCAAGACUACUUUGCUAAAUGGAUUUAUGAUCAAUUUGAGGAAACAAUAGAUACAAACAACGGAACAGAAGAGGAAAAGAAUAUUGCAAUGAAGAUGAUUGUGAUUGCCUUGAAAUGCAUACAAAUGAAACCAGACGAUCGUCCAUCAAUGAAUGAAGUGAUAGAAAUGCUUGAAAGAGAUGAAGUGCCUCAACACCUUCCACUUGAUCCACAGUCUAUGUUAACCUGGCAGACCAUGUCAACAGAUGCAAAUGCAUUUGAUGACAACUAACACCCAUCAUGAGCAUGUGGAGAAUGAAACUAAUGCUAUUGGUUCCAACUAUCAUACAGACAUAUAAAGGGUGGUAGUAGAUAUGUACUAUUAUUUUUUUCAUGCUUUUUUUUUCUUUACUUAUAUUAGCAUAUGUUAAUUUUAAAAACUAUCACCUUUACAUACUCAUCAAACAUGCAUGUAUAUGUAUUAUAUUAUAUAAAAACUAUAAUAACUUGCAUCAUGAACAAUCUUGA